AUGAAGCUCAGUCUCAAUACAUCGGCCGUCUUGCUUUCGGCCCUCCUACAGGCUGUCUCGGCUUCAUCCGCCCACAACCACACCAAGCCGCUCCCCUCUAGCUACUAUCACAACAAUAUGAACGGGUCAGUCGUUGGCUAUAACUCCUGUGACGACUGCGGCUGUCCCGACGAUGAAUACUUUGUGCAGGGCAGCUGCGGUCUGUUCACAGACGAAAACUACAAAGGUCUGCCAGACAUUUGGGCGAUUUCUGUGCCGGCAGCAUGGGCUGAGGAAUUCGGCCCUAUAGGGAGGGACAAUCCGCUUUGUGGAUCAGUGAUGCAUGUGACCGCGCCGAAUGGACAGACUGUGAAGGCUGCCAUCGCGAACGCAGGGGAUGGGUUCAUAGGUAAACGGAAUUCUGAUAAAAGCCCGGAGGAUUAUGGAUAUUGGACGGUCUGUUUUGAUUUGAUUGAGCAAUUGGGCGGCGAUAUUAAUACAGGUGAUAUCGACGUUACAUGGACGCUCAUUGCGAAUGAGACAGUUGGCAAUAAGACGUUGUCCUAA